AUGGGGCACAUCUCAUUUAUGCCAGCCGAGAUUAUACAUAAUAUAUUUCUUCGGCUUCCCAUAAACCUCUUGGUGUAUAAUGUCAAAUACGUAUGUAAGCGUUGGAAUCGUAUUUUAUCAGACCCGUACUAUAUCAAGUCAUGGGGAGGUGAUCGAAAGAUCCUUCUUCCCUUCGUACCAGUCGAUGUUUGCUAUGAAAACGACACCACUCGUUCCAUGGUCACUCUUUCUUCCUCUUCACCUUUUGGGAAGCUUGAACAAGGUAAAGUUGUCACGUUUGUUGGAUCAUGCAACGGGAUAGUCCUUUUAGUCAUUCAAGAUUGUCUUAGUCAUGACCCGCUACUUGUUAAAACUCAUUUGGUUUUAUAUAAUCCAUUUACAAGUGAAAAGAAGCCGAUUCGUGAUGACUUGCAUUCUCAAUGCAAUAAUAGUGAUAACCAUGUCUAUGGAUUUGGUUAUGGUUCAUCCAUCCCGGAUGACGUAAAGAUAGUUAGAUUCAGAGGUUGUGAGUAUUCUUCUUCUAACCGGCAUACUUGUGAUGUUUUCAGUCCUAAAAGGAAUUCAUGGACCGUGUUAGAAAACUUCGUUCAAAAUGCUAACUAUUUGAACAAUGUGGGUAUGUUUGCAAAUGGGCGUUUGUAUUGGAUCGCUAAUAGCAAGUACAACGAUCAAGAGUGCAAGAUCGUGGCUCUCGAUGUGAACAAAAUGAAGCUUUUGUAUAUAAAUGUACCUUGUGAUGGAUUAUUAGAUAGGUAUCGUUACAUGUCGUCUGCUUUGGGUACGAUACAUGGAUGUCUUUGCAUCGUUGCUCAAAAAAACACUCGGAAUGAGAAUUAUCCAUGGAAUCAAAGUGGGAAUCGAUUUAAGAUGUGGGUAAUGACGAAGAAAGGUGUUAAGAAGUCAUGGUCAGAAGUAUCUCCAUUAGCGUUAAAUUUGAAAUCAGAGUUCCGGUACAGCCCUGUAAGUAUUUUGGAUGACGGGAUAGUCCUCAUAAUGGUUGAAUCAUUCCAAGAACUCGUUAUCUAUGACGUCAUGACACAUUCGCAUAAAGUGAUAAAUGUUUCUGCAAGUCCUAGCUAUUUUCGAAGGAUCCAUGGGAUUGAGUAUGUGGAGAGUAUGGUUUCGCCUUCAAGUUUUUUUACUUGA